AUGAUACAACUAAAAUUUUUAGAUGACUGUCAAGAUCUACCUAAAAAUUUGCCCAAUGCAACUUUAAGGAAAGCCUGUUCACCUUUCGGGUGGGCUUCUGAAGUACAGAAACUCCAAAGAUUCGUUUGGCCGUUCAGGUGCGGUGGGCUUCCGAAAAAUGAAAACCCAAAGGUAAAGAUUCAUUUGGGUGGGCUUCUGAAGAAUGAAAACCCAAAGGUUCAGGUGGACUUCCGAAGAACGGAAAAAGGAGGACCUUUAAGAUUCGUUCAGUCAGUGUCUUCCAAAGAAUGGAAAAAACUAAGAUUCGUAAAUAUGAAUCUUAUUCAGUGGGCUUCCGAAGAACAACGGAAAACCAAAAUUCGUAAGCAAGUUUCAGGAUCUUUAAAAAAAGUGGAACCAAGAUUCGUAAGUUUGGUGUCUCAAGUGGAUUCCGAUAAACAGAAAAAACCAAAGAUUCGUAAUUUUGGUGGGUUUCCAAAAGAUCAAGAUUCGUAA